AUGUUGGGUAAUUGUCAAAAACAAGAAAUGCGCUAUAUGGAUUGUCUUGAAGCCUAUGGACUAGAUCGUGGAAAAGUUAAAUGUCAUGAGUAUUUCGCAGACUAUCAUGAAUGCCAAACCAAGAUUAAGCAGUUUAAAAGAUUUGUGGCCAUGAGAAGAGAGAGGGACAGACAAAUAGCUGAAGGAAAACUUAAAGGAGAUGAACAAUAUUUGAAUCCCCGGAUUGAUGGUUUU